GCACCUCGGGCCGGGUCCCUUCUCUCAGUGCGGGGCACAAAUUGACCGAGAGAAGGAGUUGCAGUGAAUCACUCCCGAGGAAUAAAGAGAAGACUUUGGACCGGAGAGCAGAGGGGUUAAUAAGAGCAGGAGAAAUCGCGCCGCUUUUCCUCAGUCAGUCCCAGUCAGGGUCUCUCUUUUACUCUCUCGAUUGAUCCGCAAUGGCAGACACGGCCACUCGAUACACGACAUCCGCCACAAAUGGAAAAAUACCAGAUUUGCCAGCAAAGAAUGGAUCGAGUGUUGAUGCUGCAGAAGAAGACCCUUGGUGCAGCGCCAAUACUCCGCAGUUGCUGCACUUUGAAGACAUCACUUCGGCAGCAUUUAAAGUGAAGAAUGGAAUUUUGGUCACACCAUGCAUGAAAUCGCAUUUGUCAGAGCUGACUGGCAUGGAAAUUUACCUGAAAAAGGACUUUUUGCAAUAUACGGGAAGUUUUAAAGAGAGGGGCGCGAGUUACGCUUUGCUGAUGCUGCCCGAGGACCAAAAGCGCAAGGGCGUGAUUUCGGCCUCGCUGGGCAACCACGCGCUGGCCCUUUGUUACCACGGCAAACGCCUCAACAUCCCGGUCACCGUGGUCAUGCCCAUCGUGGCGCCCAUCAUGAAGAUCCAGAGCUGCCAGCAAUUGGGCGCCAACGUCGUUGUCCAGGGACAUGACAUGGGCGAGGCCAAAAGGAUUGCAAUGAAACUAGGGAAGGAGCGAGGCCUUGUCUACAUUAAUGGUUACGAUCACCCUCACAUCAUGGCUGGCCAAGGCACUUUGGGUUUGGAGGUGGUCGAGCAGGUGUCCAACAUAGACGCAAUCAUCGUCCCUGUCGGAGGAGGAGGUUUGAUCGCUGGAGUUGCUCUUGCCAUCAAAACGCUUCACCCCGAUGUCAAAGUCAUUGGUGUGGAGUCUGAAAGGUGCGCCAGUUUUUCUGCAGCCAUGAAGGCUGGAAAGCCCGUACCGGUGCCCAUUCAGUCGACCCUGGCCGACGGUCUGGCAGUUCCGAUGGUCGGCUACAAUGCCUUUGUCACUGCAGCGCCUUUGAUUGACAAACUGGUGGUUGUGAAAGAAGAGUGGAUUGCUAUUGCAAUUCUGCGCCUCAUCGAGUUGGAGAAGUGCGUCGUGGAAGGAGCGGGCGCGGCGGGUUUGGCCGCAAUUCUGGCCGGACACUUGAGCGAAUUCAAAGGAAAAAGGGUGGUCAUUCCCUUGUGCGGCGGCAACAUCGACACGACGAUCUUGGGCCGGUGUUUGGAAAGGGGUCUGGCCGUGGACGGCCGCCUGCUCAAGUUCACAGUGACUGUGAGUGACAGACCUGGAGGAAUUUCGGAACUGUGUCGCCUGCUGUGCAGUAUGGGCGUCUCCAUCAAGGACAUCAUUCACGAACGGGCCUGGAUCACCUCAGACAUCUUCAGCGUCCAGGUGAAAGUGGUUUGCGAAACGAGAGAUGUCAAUCACGGAAAGCAACUGAUGAAGUCUCUCAACGAGAAUUACACGGAUGUCCACUUUGACGACAACGCCUUUUUCGGAGAAAUCCCCAGCCCCCUCGUUGGAAAUGGAUCAAAGAACUAAGUCUUUGUUUUUGAAAGACAUACACACAUAAAUUUUAAAUUGGUGACAGAGUCAAUAAAUAUAUAUUAAACGAAUCACAGA